UAACUGAAGUUUGCUGUAAACGUCACCUUUAAAUUGAAAUUCAGCUAACUUAAGUGGGUUGUUGUUCUCCAGGCUUGUUAUUUAUUUUCUCCACUUACAUUUCCCCACACAAAAUAAAAUAAUGCUUCGACAUUCAAUUCAACGCAUUAGUAUAGCUCGACACACUUGCUUAAAGACUUGUAUUGCUUCAUAUACAACUUCUUUGAAACCCUCAGCUAAGACUAUUGAAGCCGAACUUCAACAAGCACCGAAUCGUACUAAUACUUGGUCUGAAAAUCAACGUCCAAAGGCAAAAGCUAUGGCUGGGCCACGUUUCGAACAAAUUGAUAUGAGUACUCAGCCUAACCCUAUGGCAGCCAUUGAACUUAUUGCUGAAGUGCCCAUUCAAUUUGUGAGCAAGAGAAUUGUUCAUUGCGAUGGUGGCGGUGGGCCUGUAGGUCAUCCUAGAGUCUAUAUCAAUUUAGAUAAGCCUGGUCCUCAUUCUUGCGGCUAUUGUGGAAUUCGCUUCCAAAAGACAGAAGAACAUCAUCAUUAGAUACUAUUUUAUAUUAUUAUAAAAUAUUACUACUUGUAUUUAUUUUUA